AUGGAGCUCCAUUUCAGCGGGGCUUCUUUAACGCAACCCGACAGGACUCUAUUUGGAAGACCCAAGAGAGCACUUCCCUUUUCCACCCGAGAAAUGUCAAAAUUGAUAGCAUCCUCCUUCCUUGUAUCUCUAUUAUUCCUACUUCAAUUUUCUUCUCCAGUAUUCUCUAUCAGGAAGGAUGUUAGUCUUCAAAGCACAUCUACCUGUAGAACUACCGUUCAAGGAAGAUAUUUGAUUGCCGAUGAUAUGGGUCAAGUCUGUGAUGCACUCUCCAUUGAUCCCCAUUCUCGCUGCUGCCGUGGGAAAUCAGAGCGAUUCUCUUGUAAUGGUUGCAAUCUCGUUUUACAAUGUUGCAAUUCCUAUGAAUUUUGUGUUUCUUGCUGUUUGAAUCCGUCCAGGACACAAAAGGAUCUGGCUGUUAAUGUGAAGAUAUCUAAGCCGAUAACAGCAGGGAUGUAUUCGAGUAUUUUUGAUUUUUGUACGGGAAGAUGUCGUCAUAAUUCGGAAAGUGUGGUUCAUGAAAAUGCUUAUCUUAGUGAAUUUCAUCAUUGUUUCUCUAUACCGUCUUAUUCUUCUUCUGGCGGUGCUUCUGGUGUACAAACUGAAGUGAGGUUGGCUGGUAUAAAUGUUGUGAUAGGAAAACAAGGUGAAUCGUGUGAUUCGGUAUGUAAAUCAAGUGGUCAGUCUUGUGUUCCUAAUAAAUUUGUGUUGCUCAAUCAAUGUGAAACGAUGCAUAAGUACUUGAGCUGUAAAGGUGGAUGUUUGGCAAGUGUUGGAGCUGAUCAGCCUGCUGAAGUAGUUGAUGAUGCUCCCAGAGAUCUGAACCCUGGAGCCUGCUUGUACACCUCGCAAGCAUCAGUGCUAUCUUGUGAUGGUUCACAUCAGCAUACCAAGAGGCUGUGCCCCUGCGCAUAGUGUGGUGAAUUUCCCUCUUCCAGUUUUUUCAAUUUAUGUGUCUUACUGUUGUUUCAGUCUGUUUCGAAGACGAUGUCACUUUAUAUAUUUAGUAAUUCUUUAACUCCAGCGUCCAACACAAUAUAUUUAAGACCACAAGGUUCAAAAGUAUUAGUUAGUUUUUGAUAAUUUUGUACCAGUCAAACUAAGACACAUAUAAUUCCUUAGGUUUAUGAGAAAUUAGUGAGGAAUCUCAUUAUAGAUUGUUGGAUUUCCUUAUCAUUAGACUCAGAGUUUAUCCAUGACUAAGGUGAACUAAGGACGGUGUACUUACUGUUGCCCUCAGUUAAGUUUCUGAAGCUACAAUUUCAGAUGAUUCUCUGCAAGGCGUUGGCUAUUUACAGUUUCAAAUAUUUAUGGACAAGUUAGUUGUUUA